AUCCCUAUCAUAUUUUAGGGCCGGCCCAAAUGUUUUGCCGGCGGCGCGGUGCGAGGCAUUUUGGCACCCUCAUUCACUCCACCCAGGCCCUCGAUUUGCUUUUUUCCUCGUAUUGUUUUUUACGAAACCAACAACGUUGAAUAAAAAUUUCGUAAAAUUGAAUGCGAGCGAGAAAUCAGUUAUUUAUCCUAUCUACGAGUUGGAAUGUGGAAAUCAAGUCUAGCUAUAUAACUAUACCUACCUACCUGCUGGCUUAUUGAUAAAGAGUGAAGUUUUGAUAUUUAUACAGACAAGAAAAAAAUAGUGUUAUUUAAUAACGAAAGCGAGUUGUAACCUACAUUAUUAUUACUAUCAAAAAGCACGAGCGAAACGAGCCCGAUUUUUUUCAGAUAUUGCCCAUUUUGAUCCGUUUUGGCGUUUCCCCGAAAUUAAAUCUAGAUACCUCCCGCUAUUUACUUGUAAAGAAUGAAAAUAUAAUGCUGUAGUCACAAUUAACAACUAAGUAGGUAUAUAAUUUAAAAAAAGUGUAAGCGAAGCGAGCACAGUAUAUUUUAAAAUAGAGACCACUGGAGGCGCAUUUUUGAGUCGGGUGCGCCCCCCUUAUGAUGGCGCCGAUUGCGGUUCCACAACUCGCACACCCCUGGGCCAGCCGCCCGGCUGUUAUCAAUACAAACACGUAGAAGCAAGCACUUGCGUAGUAUUUUAAGUAUAUACCUACCUACAGAAUUGAAGUAAUAAUCACAUAUAUGUAAAGCAAAAACAGUUAAACAAAAGUGUUUCAGUGAAUUCUUGGUGAUUAAAAUAUUUAAUUGGCCCCUUGUUGGCACAAAGAAAAUAAGUUGUAAUAGUUACAUACUCUACCUAAAUAUUAUAUUCGUUUAUGUCAUAUGGAUGAAAGAUACCAGCUAUGGGGAGGUUGCUUUGAAGAAGAGCCUUCGGCGGUGUUGCGACGUUUAAAUGAUUCGCUGAGCGUCGACGUGAGGCUUUUUCGCGAAGACAUCAGAGGCAGUAAGGCCUGGGCCGCAGAAUUAUAUCGAAGUGGGCAUCUUUCAGAAGAUGAUAAUAAAUCAAUUCAACAAGGGCUCGAUAUAGUCGAACAAGAAAUAGAGCAAGAGCUGUCGAUCAAUGGGCGUUUAAGGGACCCUGAAGAGGAUAUUCAUUCCGUGGUGGAGAGGAGGCUGCGCGAGCAUGCCGGCGAGGCGGCGCUGCGCUUGCACACCGCACGCAGCCGCAACGACCAAUCCGCCACCAACACCAAACUCUGGAUGAUGAGCUCGCUAGAAAGAGUGCGGAGCGAAGUUAUUCAUCUCAUAUCUGUUCUGUUGAAACGAGCGCAAGAAGAGAUAAACAUCAUAGCACCGGGGUAUACUCACUUACAACGUGCUCAGCCAAUUCGAUGGAGUCACUUUUUAAUGAGUUACGCUUGGAUGUUUCGAGAUGACGUUUGCAGAUUAGAAGAACAAAUCAAUCGACUUUCAUCUUGUCCACUCGGCAGUGGCGCAAUUGCCGGUUGCGCUUUGCCUAUUGAUCGAAAGAAAUUGGCUGAAAGUAUGGGCUUUAAACAAGUUACGCCAAACUCAAUGUUUGCUGUUGGAUCUCGAGAUCAUAUUGUUGAAUUUCUAAAUUGGGCAUCGCUAUGCGGCAUUCAUCUCAGUAGACUGGCUGAAGAUCUGAUAAUAUAUAGCUCACAGGAGUUUGGCAUCGUAGAGCACUCAGAUCAGUUCUCUACAGGUUCAAGUCUCAUGCCUCAGAAAAGAAAUCCAGAUGGCUUGGAGCUUGUGCGUGGUGCCGCUGGUCUCUUACUAGGCGAUUCGUUUUCGUUCUGCUGCAUUCUAAAAGGCUUGCCAAGCACUUAUAACAAGGACUUGCAGUCCGAUAAGGAGAUACUUUUUAGAUCGUAUGAUCGACUGCUUGAUUGUUUAAAAGUAACGUCUGGGACAGUGUCUACCAUGAAGGUGAAUGGCAAAAAGGCGGAAAGUUUGUUGGAGCCUGGCAUGCUGGCCACCGACCUGGCGCACGCGCUGGUGCGGCGCGCGGUGCCGUUCCGCCGCGCGCACCAUCUGGUCGGCUCUGUGCUCCGCCGCGCUGCAGCACUGGGCGUAGACAUAAGACACUUGCCGCAUCGAGAGUAUGUCGAAAUAUGCCCUGAAUUUGGUUCAGAAGAAGAACUGCGAAAGAUCUUCUCGUGGGAGGCAAGUGUUGAGCAAUACACGAGCGAAGGCGGCACAGCGAGGGAAGCUGUGCUGUCGCAGAUACAACAACUUCAAAACUGGCUGCUAAACUACAAGGAUACUUGUGACAAGAUGCAAUAAAAUAAAUUUUGCUAUUAUAUAAACUACUUGUUUUGGCAUAAUUUCCUCCAUAAGAUCUACUCACACCUAAAGUUUUCGGAUUUUUUUUCUGUGCCCGAGAAAAGUAUGACUUCAUUAAAAAAAACAUGAUAUCAAAGCAACGAAAACAUGGUAUGAAAUCACGUUUUGACAUUCAUAGCUGUGUGAAAGAUUUUAGGCCGCAUUUACACGAGAGCUUUUUUAACGUCCGUUAAAAAAGCGUCCAAGUAUCUGUUCACACAUAAAAACCGUUGACGUGUGAACAUAUACUUGGGAAUACAUUUUGUUCUAUUUGACGCUUUUUUAAGGGACGUUAAAAAAGGUCUCGUGUAAAUGAGGCUUUAGGCACUGAUUUUUUGUAAUUUGUUUGAACGACUCCUGCGCCACUCAUUGUACGCAAGUGCCAAAAACAACUAUAUGAUAAUGACAUUAAUUUUGUGUAUUAUGGGAUAGGUGAAAUGCAUUUAAAAUAAAACACUCAAACUUUUUCAAAACAUAUAUUGUACCAUAUUAUUUAUAACUAAAUUUACCCUUUUGAAGUAUAUACUAUCGCAUUAAAGAUAUAUUUACAAUUUUACUAUAGUAACUAAUUACAAAAUAGUUUAGUAAUUAUUGAAAAUGUUACACACAAUUUUUCAAAAUGUUCAGGUAGUAAAGUAUUCCAAAUAAACUUACCAUUGAAUACCAAUUUAUUUGCGAUUUUAUCAUAGAUAGAAAAUGAAAAAUUUAUCUGUUUUCAGUCUGCAAUGUAUAUUGUUAUUUUAUAUUUAAAUUUUUUUAGUACUUAUUAAGGAUAUAUUAUAUUAUUUUAUAAUUCCUAACUUAUAAGUACAUUAUUUUAUUUAAGAUAAAUAACCUUAGCUGAUCAGCCACAUUUAGUAUACAAUAUACAUACUUUCAAAAUAAAAUGUACUAUACUAUAGAUGAUUUUUUUUUAUAUUAUACUUUUCUAUUUUUAAAGUUCUAUAGCCAAUUAAUAAGAUAAACAAUGUCUAUUUUAAGAAAAGAUGCUAUAUUUUUUUUAAAUCUCAAUGUAAAGGAAAACUCGAAACAAGAAACGAAGAAUAUAGUUGACGAGGAAACAAUUUGCUUGUUGCCUUAUUGUCAAAGUAUAUAAUAAAAUCAUGUUAAGUUUGAUGUGUUAACAUCGAAUGUAAUAUGAUUUUAAUUAUUAUUGAUGAUUUAAUGUUUACAUAUUUAUAAUAUAAUAUGGCCUUAAUAUCAUAAAUAAGUGAUAAUUAAGUGCCACUUCUCACAUCCUACUAAUUUUACAUACAAAAUGUAUAGGUACAUUUUAUGGGAUUGCAAAAAUUAAUUGUUUACAAUACAUAUUUUUUACAUCUCGGCGUUAGACGAACUACUACGACGAGAAAUACGCUACUUACAACAGACCAAUAUCUGAAAGCUACUUUUGCUGCAAGUAGUAAUUAGUGUAAAAUCAGGUAAAAAUAUUACUAACAGACCUAAGUUUAUAUGUAUUUUUAUAGGUACAUGAACAAAGGCAAAAACGUGAUGUUUUGAACAUUUCAAUGAAAUAUACCCAAUAUGUAUUAUAAAAAUAACCGUGUUCUUGGCAAUCACAUAAGUCAGAAUAAUUUACAUUUUGAUUUGCUCUUUUACUUCAUUGCUAGAGAAAGUCAUUCAACGAUAAUAUUAUUUACAUUAUUUAAAA